AAGGAAUCAGCCACGAAAAAACAACGAGCCCGGAGCUUCCCCGAGCGGGAUACCAGGCGCAGCAUCGCAAAGCGUUACCCAGCCGGGUAGAAAUGACAUCAACUGGUAAAGAAGGCAGCGGAGCUCAACACGCGCAAUAUGUUGGACCCUACCGCUUGGAGAAAACGCUGGGCAAAGGGCAGACAGGACUUGUGAAGUUGGGAGUUCAUUGUGUAACAUGUCAAAAGGUCGCUAUAAAAAUUGUCAACAGGGAGAAGCUCAGUGAAUCGGUGCUAAUGAAGGUGGAACGGGAAAUAGCCAUCUUGAAGUUGAUAGAACAUCCCCAUGUUUUAAAGCUGCACGACGUUUAUGAAAAUAAAAAAUAUUUAUAUUUGGUGCUAGAACAUGUAUCAGGUGGAGAGCUCUUCGAUUAUCUGGUAAAGAAAGGAAGAUUAACACCAAAAGAAGCCAGAAAGUUCUUCCGACAGAUUAUUUCCGCGUUAGACUUUUGUCAUAGUCAUUCAAUCUGCCACAGGGAUUUAAAACCAGAAAAUCUACUACUGGAUGAAAAGAACAAUAUCCGAAUAGCAGACUUUGGAAUGGCAUCAUUGCAAGUUGGGGACAGUUUACUUGAAACAAGCUGUGGAUCGCCGCAUUACGCCUGCCCAGAAGUAAUCCGGGGAGAAAAAUAUGAUGGGAGAAAAGCAGAUGUUUGGAGCUGUGGAGUCAUUUUGUUUGCAUUGUUAGUGGGUGCUCUGCCAUUCGAUGAUGAUAACUUGAGGCAGCUGUUGGAGAAAGUGAAACGUGGCGUGUUCCAUAUGCCACAUUUCAUCCCCCCAGAUUGUCAGAAUCUCUUACGAGGGAUGAUUGAAGUGGAUGCCUCGAAACGGUUGACACUAGAACACAUUCAGAAGCAUAUAUGGUAUAUAGGGGGUAAGAAUGAGCCAGAACCAGAACAACCAAUUCCUCGAAAGGUCCAGAUUCGCUCCCUCCCUUCCUUGGAAGACAUCGAUCCUGAUGUUCUAGAUAGCAUGCACUCAUUAGGUUGUUUCCGGGACAGAAACAAACUUUUACAGGACCUGCUGUCAGAAGAGGAAAAUCAGGAGAAAAUGAUUUAUUUUCUACUCCUUGAUCGGAAAGAGAGAUAUCCCAGUCACGAAGAUGAGGAUCUUCCUCCAAGAAAUGAAAUAGACCCUCCCAGAAAACGUGUGGACUCUCCAAUGCUGAACAGACAUGGCAAGCGGAGACCGGAGAGGAAAUCCAUGGAGGUUCUAAGUGUGACAGAUGGAGGGUCCCCGGUUCCUGCCCGCAGAGCAAUUGAAAUGGCACAGCAUGGACAGAGGUCUCGUUCAAUCAGUGGAGCUUCAUCUGGCCUAUCUACCAGCCCUCUCAGUAGUCCAAGGGUUACCCCUCACCCCUCUCCAAGGGGCAGUCCCCUCCCUACCCCCAAGGGGACACCUGUCCAUACGCCAAAGGAGAGCCCAGCGGGCACACCCAACCCUACGCCGCCAUCCAGCCCCAGCAUUGGAGGAAUGCCCUGGAGAACACGGCUCAACUCAAUCAAGAACAGCUUUCUGGGAUCACCUCGCUUUCAUCGCAGGAAAUUGCAAGUACCUACGCCAGAAGAGAUGUCCAAUUUAACUCCAGAAUCUUCCCCAGAGCUUGCCAAAAAAUCCUGGUUUGGUAAUUUUAUCAACCUAGAGAAAGAAGAACAGAUCUUUGUGGUUAUUAAGGACAAACCACUGAGUUCUAUCAAGGCUGAUAUAGUACAUGCAUUUCUGUCGAUUCCCAGUCUCAGUCAUAGUGUCAUCUCCCAAACAAGCUUCCGGGCAGAGUACAAGUCCACAGGAGGCCCUGCUGUCUUCCAGAAGCCAGUGAAGUUCCAGGUAGACAUUACAUACACAGAAGGUGGGGAGGCCCAGAAAGAGAAUGGGAUCUACUCCGUCACUUUUACACUUUUAUCAGGUCCAAGCCGUCGCUUUAAGAGAGUAGUAGAAACCAUUCAGGCACAAUUGUUAAGCACACAUGACCAGCCAUCAGUGCAACAAUUAUCAGACGAGAAGAACGGGCAGGUGAGCCACCCCCCCGGCACGCCAACCAAGCAUAGCACAAACAGCAAGCGGAGCGAUUCCGAUAAAAAUGACUAUGGGUCUAGAGGAGACACUAAGUUCCCCGCUGGCAAAGAGAAGGCAAAGAUGGCCUCAUCACUCGGCUUACAAGACCAACCUUAA